AUGUCGUCCUCUUUUCGGGGUUCUUGCCUAUGCGGCGGGAUUGAGAUCCAGGCUUCAUCGAUACCACUCGCUGUGUUCUCCUGUUUCUGCAACCAUAGUAGCAAAGGCGCAGGUGGGUCGCAUCAAACGAUUGCGAAGUUCGAAGCUCAAUUCGUCCAAGUCCUCUCAGGGAUCGAUCUCAUCUCCAACUUCACAUUGACCGACACGUCAAGCGGUUCUCCAAAGGAAAAGUCGUUCUGUCGCACUUGUGGGACCCCGCUGUGGACAACCCCCGCAUCCGCAAAGGGGCGAUACAUUCUCAUCCGGACGAGUCUGUUGGCGGGCGGGUAA